AUGACCGCAUCUUCUGCUCUGAUGGGGUCCAACUGCACCACAGUGGACAAGGAGCAACGUGAAGGAGACGCCAUAGAUACACCACCCCUACAAUCACCAUCAGCGGCAACCUCUGCUAAAUCGUCACUGCCAUUAAGGAAGUCACGGUCGGGCAUUCUCACACGCGCGCAAUCCAAGUUCGUGAAGAAGACUGCUAUACAUCAGAAGGGCCAUUCCCUGCCUGGAGCCUCCUCGCCAACCAACUUGAAGCGCAAAAUCGACAGCGCCAUGGAUUCAUCAUCUUCGCUGGAAAAGAGCGCCAACUGGAGCACGCUCUCUGCGCUGGACGUCGCCGUGCAACAGCGACGGGAGAAGACGCCAGCGACCUCUCAGGGUCAACCCUCCGGGCAGCGUCUGCGCAGGACCUCCAUUCCACAGUCGUUCAAGGCUGAUGGGCCUGGUCUGUCAGAGUAUGAAACUGCGCGCGCAGAACUCAAGUCUCGGGAGCAUGCCCUGGCGUUUGACCAUGACUGCUUCGCGGAGGCGACUGGGCCUGAGCGAGAGGCCAACGAGGUUUUGCAGCGCCUGAGGAACAAAGACGAAAAGCUGUUUGCGAACGCCUCAAAGACGUCAGGCUUCAGUGGGCAAACACAUGCGCGCCAUAUGGGGGAUCACUUCCUCCACAACGUCGACCUGAUAAACCAGUCGGCCCUCUACAAGGUAGCUCGGCGCAUGCCCAAGGGUACCCAUCUUCACAUACACUUCAACUCUUGUCUCGACCCAAAUUUCCUGCUGGAUCUCGCCAAAGACCAAGAACGAAUGUUUAUCCAUAGCAACAGACCACUGCUGCAGAAAAGCGACAUGGAUCUAUGCGAAAUACAAUUCAGCAUUGUUCCUGUCGAGAGUGAGGAGGCCGGCUGGAACGUGUUCGAGCCAGGAUACGUGGCAGGUAAAUGGAUGCCAUAUGCUACUUUUCGCGCGCAGUUCUCGGGCGCCGGUUUGGUAGAGAGCUCCGUCGACGAAUGGUUGCUCAACAAGCUCGUGUUUGGGGCGGACGAGACCUACGGAAUACACCAAACAGUCACAGGAGCUUGGGAAAAGUUUAAUGGCCGGACUCGAAUGAUGAAGGGCCUUUUCAACUACGAAACUGCGUUCAAGAGCUACACCCGCGCUUGUCUACAGGAUUUCGUGGAUGACAAUAUCCAGUACGCAGAGAUCAGGCCGAAUUUCAUGCACACGAACCAAGUCUUUUACGACGACGGCUCCGCCAAGCAUGAUAAUGAAUCGAUGAUGAAGAUGAUCAAGAGUGUUUGCGACGAGUUUAUGCCGCCGGCGCAUCAGAACGGUCGAAAGGUGUACUUUAAAGGCAUCAAGGUCAUCUACUGUACGCCAAGGAUAUUCAAACGAGAGCAGGUGGCGAAUGCGCUGGAAGAAUGCAUCAAGUUCAAAAAGAUUUGGCCCGAUCUGAUAGCUGGUUUCGAUCUCGUGGGUGAGGAGGCUGCCGGUCAUCCUCUCAAGUUUUUUGUGCCGGAAUUUCUCAACUUCAGGGAGCAAUGUAACAAAGAGAGGCUCGAUAUUCCGUUCCUGUUCCACUGCGGAGAGACUCUCGAGAUGGGUGACGACACACCCGACGGCAACCUCACCGAUGCGCUGCUUCUCAACUCGAAGCGCAUCGGGCACGGUUUUGCCUUGGCACGCCACCCGUACAUCAUGGAGCAAAUGAAGAAGCGCAACAUUUGCCUCGAGCUCUGCCCCAUCUCGAACGAAGUCCUGGGAUUGACCCCAAGGGUCAAAGGGCACGCCAUGUACAACCUGCUGGCGAAUAACGUGCACUGCACUCUGAACAGCGACAACGGCACACUUUUCCGGUCUUCGCUGAGCCACGACUUUUACCAGAUGUUUGUUGGAAGGAGCGACACCACGCUUCACGGCUGGAAGCAGCUCAUCAAAUGGAGUAUCGAACAUGCCUGCCUUUCUGACGACGAGCGCAGGGAGGUCAACGAGCGUUGGGAGCAGCUGUGGAGUGAGUUUGUGCACUGGUUGAUUGAGGAGUACAAGGAUCUCAAGGCGGAUGAUAACGAGGUCUAG